AUGAAGUUCAAUAAUUUGAUCAUGUACUUGGCGUUGCAUCUCAGCUUUGUGGCUGGCAACCCAGUGGAUCUGAGCGGCACGACAGCUGGUGAGACUGGCAAACCAGUCGGUCUAAGCCAUACGGCAGCUACCAGUAUCGAGGCAAGAGGGUUAGUGCCUAGGUCAUUGAGUAUCGCUGGUACAACUGACUGGUAUUGCUGGGCAAUAAGCUCUGGAGUAUUGGCAAACCCAGGAUAUGCGACCAGUCUAGCCAACCUCCACAUUCAGAUGUUUGCGUUCUUUAACGCCCCCGGCAGUCUUGGGCCAGAUGAGUUCAAGUUUACAAGCACACGCAACAAUGGAGUUAUUUGGACGGCAAAAGUUAUAGUGCUGGCUACUACGCAAGCCUUCACGAUAGCUGACGCAAUAAAUGACCUAUAUGCCAGUCUCAAUCUGGGGAACGGAAUCUCGCGGAGAGGGGGUGUUGCCUCGACUGCGCAGGCAACAAAUGGCAAUGUCGGAGCAUUAAUAGAGAUGAUAUCCAUGAUCAACGGCGGUGGUAGUUAUAAUACAUUGAAACGUGAUGUCGACAGUGAUGAAGAGGAGGAAAUUUUGUCAAAACGGGAUAGCUGUGAAGCUGCAUCACUGGAAUACCUUGACUGUUGCAAAAUCGAGAUUGAUUGA